GCCGAGCUCCUCCGCCGCUCACGACGGGUCCCUGCCCGCUCCAGAGGGCCACGCUUGACUUUGUUGCCGUCCCUCCGCAACCCCAGCGCACCGAGGCGGCGUGGAGGACAUCCCCCCCCCCCCGGGGAACACACCCGCCCCUCCCCGCUACCCGGGCCCCGGACGGCGGCUGGACACCGGCUUCCUCCCGAGCUGCAGGUGGAAGAGGCGGCGAGGUGGGACGCGGCCGGCCGCGGAGGAGCUGGGCGCGGGAGUCCAUCGGCCGGUCUUCGGUGCCCUCACCCCCGGUCUGCACCGGGUGCGCGAGUUCCAAAGUGUCCGGCGUGGAGUCGGGGGGGGGUGGACUCUGGUGUGCGUUGUCGGGAGCCUAAGUGAGGAGUGGCCUCCAGCGCCCAGUGUGUCCAGGUGAAGGGACGCUGAUGGCGAUCAGUCUCUUCGUGACACAAGUGCCUUUAUAGCCUCUUUUGGACCCCGGGGAGAGUGUGGUCAACAAAGCGGACGUCUCCACUUGGAAAAUCCACGUGGGCCAGCCUCCAUGCAUCUUGCAUGGUUUUCAGAAGUUCACCUGUCCGUCCCCCACCACCACCACGAUCACCGGAUCACCGCCGCCACCACCCCCGCUAGUCUGAACUCAGGCACCAAGUAGGAAGUGCGGAGAGCUGACUGAUUCAUUUAGUCACUUUCCCUGUGGAUUUCUAAGUGGCCAAGCAAAAGGUUAAUUUUAAACACUAAGCAUGGACGAUUUUGAUGCUUGUCUGCGGUAGCAACUUCUACUCCUCAGCCCCGGAUCCUUCCACUCGGUGCUUUACAGGCCACUGGGCUUCUUCCUCAGCCAGAGUUGUGUCGUAGAGGCCUUCCUGGGCCCCCCUGGUCUUGCUCGGCUAUGGGAAGCACCCUGGGCUGCCAUCGCUCCAUUCCCAGGGACCCCUCAGACCUGUCCCAUAGCCGAAAGUUCAGCGCCGCCUGCAACUUCAGCAACAUCCUCGUCAAUCAGGAAAGGCUCAACAUCAACACGGCCACCGAGGAGGAGCUCAUGACCCUGCCCGGGGUGACACGUGCCGUGGCACGAAGCAUCGUGGAGUACAGAGAAUACAUCGGUGGCUUCAAGAAGGUGGAGGACCUGGCACUGGUCAGCGGUGUGGGUGCCACCAAGCUGGAGCAGGUCAAGUUUGAGAUCUGUGUGAGCAGCAAGGGUAGCUCUGCCCAGCACUCUCCCAGCUCCCUGCGGCGGGACCUGCUGGCCGAGCAGCAGCCUCACCACCUGUCCACGGGGGUGCCCCUCACGCCCCGGGUCAAUAUCAACACUGCCACCCUGGCUCAGCUCAUGAGCGUGAGGGGCCUCACGGAGAAGAUGGCUGUCAGCAUCGUGGACUACCGCAAGGAGCAUGGCCCCUUCCUCAGCGUUGAGGACCUGGUGAGGAUGGAUGGCAUCAACGCGACCUUCCUGGACAGAAUAAGACAUCAGGUGUUUGCGGAGAAGUCCAGGCCCCCAUCUACCCACACCAACGGGGGUCUGACCUUCACAGCCAAACCUCACCCCAGUCCCACCUCGCUGAGCCUGCAGAGUGAAGACUUGGACCUGCCUCCGGGGGGCCCCACGCAGAUUAUCUCCACCAGGCCCUCGGUGGAGGCCUUCGGAGGCACGAGGGACGGGCGGCCCGUGUUUAGGCUGGCCACCUGGAACUUUCAGGGCUGUUCCGUGGAGAAGGCCAACAACCCUGGGGUGCGGGAAGUGGUGUGUAUGACGCUCCUGGAGAACAGCAUCAAGCUUCUCGCUGUGCAAGAGCUGCUUGAGAAAGAGGCCCUGGAAAAGUUCUGCACAGAGCUAAACCAGCCAACCCUGUCCAACAUCCGCAAGUGGAAGGGGCCUCGGGGAUGCUGGAGGUUCAUCGUUGCCGAGAGGCCUUCUAGUCAGUUACAGAAGGGAACUGGGUACCUGGGCUUCCUGUGGGACACAGUGGCCGGAGUGGAGCUCAGAGAUGUGAUUGGGCAGGACGGCUCACCCAGCAAUGGGCACGGAAGGUCCAUCAGUCCCAGCCCAUACCUCGCCAGAUUCAAGGUGGGAAGUAAUGACCUGACCCUGGCUAACCUUCAGCUGGCAGCUUUGGCCAUGCCAGGGCCAGAGAAUGCAAGCAAGAAUCACACUGAUGGUCACCGGCUGCUGAGCUUUGCACUGGCCCUACAGGAAACUCUGAAAGGAGAAAAAGAUGUUGUUAUUUUAGGAGAUUUUGGCCAAGGGCCAGAUAGUAGUGACUAUGACAUCCUAAGGAGAGAAAAAUUCCAGCACUUGAUCCCAGCACACACCUUCACCAACAUCAGCACCAGGAAUCCCCAAGGCUCCAAGUCUGUGGACAACAUCUGGAUCAGUAGAAGCUUAAAGAAGGUGUUCACAGGUCACUGGGCUGUCGUGAGAGAAGGCCUCACAAACCCUUGGAUCCCGGAUAACUGGUCCUGGGGUGGAGUGGCUUCUGAACAUUGCCCUGUGCUUGCUGAGUUUUACAUGGAAAAGGACUGGAGCAGGAAGGAAGGCCCCAGGAGUGGCAGUGAGGUCACGCUGGAGCCAAGUGAAGCCAACAUUAAGCAUGAGCGAUGAUGACAUCGGUAUUUCCACCCUCUGGCCCAGGAGGGUGUGGAAGGGGUGAGCCCUACUGGGUGAAGAGUAUUUAGGGCCUUGUAAUCAUUCUGAGGACGUCAGGCCUUGGUCCUUCACCCACCGCCUCCUUUGUGGACACAUUAGGACCCCUCCUGCGGGGGGUCUCUUGAGCACUGACUGCGCCAGGCCGUCACCGCAGAAGCUUUCCAGAACUGUAUCGUGUCCUCACUCUGGACAACCAGGCUGAGCAGGCUGGGGCUGGCUGCGCUCUCGUCUGGGCGGUGUGGCAGCGUGGGAACAGCAGCGGAGCAAAGAGGAGGAAGGAGAUGGCCCAGGCAGCCAAGCCCUGCCCGAACAGUGCCCGAGCUCUCACGUCUAGUCCUCCAUGAUGUGAUGAUCUGGCUACAAAUCCCAAAAAGCUUUUAACUGUGAUGAACAAUCGUCUCAAAGAUGUCUCGUUUUGUUUUGAAACAAAUAAACAGAUUAACCUGC